AAAAAUAAAAGUAAUAAAAGACCGAAUGCCGGCCGAAUGUUGCAUUUUCUCCCAAUAACGGUCAUCUGAUUUCACAGCAACUACACCAUGAUACAUUUUAGUUCAUGUGACUAAACAAUGAAAUUCUGAGAUUUUGCAGCUAAAACUUUCUCAAAAUGAGUGUGGCUGUACAUCGCUCUCAAGUUCUGUCUCUGUACAGAAGGAUAAUGCGCAUGGCAAUGUCAUGGACAUCAGCUAGUGGACUAUCAGAGGAGACUCAACAAGAACAAAAAUAUAUCUACUCCGAGGCUGGACGCCUGUUCAGAAAGAAUAAGCAAGAAUCGGAUGAAGGCAAGAUCAGAGAGUACAUCAAAGAGGCUGAGACAAGGAUUGGGCUAGCUGAACACUAUGGUACACCAUAUCCUAGAAUGAUGAAUAUUCCUCAGAAUGUUCUUGCCCCUCACGGAGUGUCCAAGCUGAAAAAGGCUCAGAGGAGAGCCAUAAAACAGGCCACCCCAAUUUAUUUGAAGUCAUUGGGAGAGGAAAAUAUCCCUGACAGAUAGCAUAAUAGCACGAACUGGUCAAUUGCACUAUUUGAACUCUCAUUUGUGUUGGAGGAUGUAAAUGUGUUUGUAUAGUUUUACUCUUUAGCAGUUCAAUGUAGAGACUUUAUCUGCAAGAUGAGUCAGUGAGUGUGCCUCAGUAAUUGUGAUUUAUUGUUUCUUAAUGCCUUGUUCAUAUGUAUUAAAAAUUCAAAUAAACUAUUUUGCCAUCUUUGA